AUGGAUACCUACGAACGUCUCGAGAUUCCACCAGGCGGUCUGCUGCCGCCACCACCUCCAGAGGACAACCCUCCACCUCCUCCUGCUCUUCCACCUGGACUAGAUGCCCCGCUAAUGCCGCCAAUGACAUCAAAGAAGAAAGAUGAUAAUGAAGCAGUUCCACUGCGGUAUGUUCUCAAUAUGUUUCUCAAACAACUUGCAAAGAUGACCUCAGUCGCAGUGCUGACGAUGAUUUAA